AUGGUCAAUCUCCAGGCAUCAGUACCUAUCCGCUCAGGUAUCAAUGAAUCAAACGCCUCCAGGGCCCAUGAACCCUCCGUACUCCCCGUCGUUAUACCCCCUAAUACAAUUAGGCCGCUAGCUUUUCGGACACUCUCGAAACGACACAACCUAGCUUUCAAUUCGUCUACAUUACAAGCCCUUGCGACCUUCAUCGGCAAGUCCUGUGGCUCGAGAUGGCGCCAGGAAGGACUUGCGGACCUGGUACUCGAUGAAGUUGCGAAGUUAUGGAAGCAGUCUGGGGGUGGUUCGAUCGUGGAGGAUGGUCCAAAGCUAUGCUUAAAGACUAUAUUGGCCGAAUUAGAAAGCUACAUGGUCGGAGGCCGGGUUCAACACGAUCGAAAGGCCGUAGCUAAGAAGGCUCCUGAUACAUCUAUACCCCAAAAGAAGCGUGAACAUAGCGGACUCGAUCGAAGUGACUCUCAAGUCCAACCAGCCGAUAAAGACGUUUCUGCGCCCCAGGAAGCUGAGCCUGAUCUUGCAGAACAACCUGCCGAUUCCCCAGAUAAGCAGCGAGAUCGUGCAAGAAAACGGGUUAAAAUUGUCAGCGCAUUCGAACAGCAGCGAUUAACAUACAAUGUGAACAAGAAACAUUUUGAACCGCCACACGGGCAUCCCUCUCUCUUUCCCCCGGCUAACAACAGGGUGAGCCUCUUUCGGGAUCGUUAUUAUCGUCUUCAUCAACGGCUACUACGGAAUGAAACUUUUCAAACAUCGACGUUACCUACAUCCUUCAGCGAGUCGAAUGCCGCUUCCCAGUCAAAUCAACCCUACAAGCUCACCUCUAUCACAAGCUUGCAGGGACGAGGAAAUACCAACCAUUUGCUAUUGGGCUUGCUCUCAAUUUCCCCAAACGGAGGAUAUAUUCUAUCUGAUCCCUCAGGAACAGUAGCUAUAGAUAUGGAACAUGCCAAGGGGAUUCCAGUAAACGGUGCCUGGUUUGUGCCAGGGAUGAUCUUGCUCGUUGAUGGGGUCUAUGAAGACGAUGACGAAGAUUCAGUAGCUCUAGGCUCCGGAGCAAUUGGCGGGAAAUUCCUUGCAGUAUCUGUUGGGGGCCCUCCGUGCGAGAGAAGGGAAGUUUCUCUUGGUAUUGACAACCAGAGCCGUGGUUGGAAUACAAAGCUACCGACUGACUCUGCGCUUGACCCGAUAGAUGGUGAAGUCGGGUCGAGUCAGGCGGAAUCUGCGAAAACAAAUGCACUAUCACGCCGACAGAUGGAAGAGCAGCAUGUCGUCAUCAUGGGCGAAGUGAAUCUGGAUAAUCCAAAGACCCUACAAGCGCUUUCAAUGGUGCUAGAGAAAUACAAUGCAGCAUCCGACAAUAAAGUGCCUCCGACAUUUGUCUUGAUAGGCAACUUUGUCCACGACGCGGCAAUUGGAGCUGGGAACUGUGGGAGUAUUGAAUAUAAAGAAUUCUUUGACAGCCUUGCUUCAGUGUUGACGCAAUUCCCUAACCUCCUUCGAAGUUCAACCUUCGUGUUUGUACCCGGUGAGAAUGAUCCAUGGGCCUCUUCAUUUUCCCCUGGAGCAACCGCAUGUAUCCCGAGGCCGUUGAUCCCGGAGUUAUUUACCUCUCGAAUUCGCCGAGUUUUCCAAUCAGCUUACAGUCAGGAUCAUUCCAUCUCCUCCCGCCAGAUAGACGAAUCGGCUGUCUGGUCCUCGAACCCUACCCGGAUAACCAUUGAUGAGCCGAGUGUUUCAGAAAUAGUCGUUUUCAGAGACAUUAUUUCUGGCAGACUACGACGGAAUGCGGUAGUCAUGAAGAAUGACAGUGUAGCGAAACCCUUACAGGACGACGCUGAAGACACAAGUCAGGACACCACUAAUCUCGACCCUGAAGAAGAUAACUCAACGGCAGCAAACAAGCGGCAACGGGAUGAAGUACAUCCAAGCUUACUUGCAGCCCGGAAACUGGUCAAGUCAAUAUUAGACCAAGGUUAUCUCAGCCCGUUUUCACCGGCCGUACGCCCGAUUCUAUGGGACCAUAGCUCAUCAUUGCACCUGUAUCCUCUCCCCACCGCUUUAGUGCUGGCUGAUCCCGACGCAGACCCGUUUACAGUCACCUAUGAAGGUUGUCACGCUAUGAAUCCCGGGCGAUUUGUAGUUGAAGGAAGUAGUGACACUGCAAGAUGGAUUGAAUAUAACAUGGCUACGAAAAAGGGGUGUAUAAAGGAGGAAUUUCUUUGA